GCGGAAGCGGGAGCGCGUGGUUAUGAACCGGCCACGGCCGUCGGGUCGGACUCUGAUGUAAACGGAGCCAUAUUGGCCAGCGUACAAACACACGUGAACUGCCCACCCAAACCUUUUCGGCGAAAUUAAAACGGCUGUAUGAUUCGGAAAUUUAUGAUAACCGACCCUUGACAAGGGCGACAUAUGGGUGGAAUUAGAGCGUUGCGUCAUCUUUCCGAUGCUGGCUGGUCCAAGUAGGCCAUGAACUUCAAUAUUUGUAUGCAUACGCCCGUGAACAAGCACACAGAAAACGUAGAGUUUCAUCAGCUUAAGUGUGAUUUGUGCUGUGUGUGGGGUUGAUCUGGAGACGAGUUGUACUGCUGUUCCUCCUUUCGGCGCAUAGGCUCUACGGUUCUUCGGUGUUAAAAUCCAGCCUGUCGCCCAGAAAAACAUCGGGCGGUGCUACUUUUUUGAGGUUAUGUCGUUCUUCUAACGUGGCCUGGCAGCGUGCAAAUUGAAGCUUUUUUUCGGGAUGCCCUGAUGAAAAUCAGAAUUUUUCGUGCUAUGAUCGACAAAUAUUCUUUCGUGACUUAACUACUGUCACCAGCACAUGGAUCAACAAAUUUUAGGGGUUGCCAUGUCGUUACCUAUUGGCAGCAUCGGGUCCUUAGGGCCUGGUGUGGGUGACGGAAUGGGUGUAAAUGUGAAUGGUGGUAACUGGAGAAUGUGUCUCAAUGAACUUGUUGGUGAGAGAUCUUCUCUUCUGGAUUCCCAAACCAAGUUCCUGUAUCUCAAGGUUUUGGAGGUCUAUAUACAAACACAAUAUGGCAGCGCCCCUGCCGAAGAACAAAUUGAACUUCGUCAAUACUUACUGCGGUGGAUCAUUCUACAGUGCUCCCAACAAAUUCCUGAACAAAAAUUUAUUCGUAAUAAAAUGGGUCAAAUUUUCUCUUUGGUGUUUGUAAAAGACUAUCCACAUCGUUGGCCCUCCUUUUUCACUGAUCUAGUUGGCACUCUCUCUCUGGGUCGGGUUUCUGUAGAAUUCUUCCUUGUUGUCCUUUCGGCCAUGGACACAGAGGUUUUCAGCCCAAAGUAUAAUAGAAGUGAUGAGCUCAUUCGGCGCAGUACUCAACUUAAAGACACCAUGAGAGAAGCUAGUGUGCAAGUCUUGGUGGAUUCAUGGUUCCAGAUUCUUACCACAUGGCAUGCUGAACCAGAAAUUGUUACAGCUUGUUUGGAAGUAACAGGCGCCUAUGUGCCUUGGAUCGAUGUUACAACUGUAGCAAAUGACAAGUUCCUCCCCGUAGUUCUGCAGCUCAUGCGUAAUGAGUAUGCCCGGGCUGCUGCGGCGGACCUUUUGUGUCAGGUUGUUGACAAGGGCAUGGAUAAUCUUGAUAAGCUGCAGUUAAUUACUAGAAUGCUGGUUCUGUUAAGGAAUUUUGAAGUUCCACUACUUCCUUCUCAGGUUGAUUGUGUGGCAUACUCCGCCAAUAUGGCUAACUUAGUUAAUAGCAUUGGCCUCAACCUCCUGGAGGCAUAUGAUAGACUUAAAGAGAAAGGCGCUCUUGAGGCUGCUGAAGUAGCAUACAAUGCUGCUGAAGAAAACAUAUUAUACAUGGAUGGAUAUCUUCAACAUGAUGAUGAAAAUGUUUGCCUCAAAGUCACGAGAUAUGCCAAGGAAUACAUUAAGAAACUCAAAGGCAAAGCUCUGACUGAGAAGCAAAUUCAAAUAGUUCAAAAACUCCUAAAAACUGUUAUUGAUAAAUUAAAAUUGCAUCCUGAUUACUUCAGAACUUCUAAUGAAGAUCGCCAACAAUCUCUUUUGGACUUGAGGAAUGAAUUCAAGAUAAUUUUUGUUAAUUUACUUGCAAUUGACAAAGAUAGAGUCACUCAGCUGGUUUACCAAGUUGUCACAAGCGUUCUCAAGGACCUUCAAACCUACUCUACUAGUGAGGUUGAGUGUGUAAUAUUCAUACUGUAUGUCCUUGGCGAAGCUUUGCCUGCUGCUGGUUCUUCACCGCCUCAAAACAAUCAAGAAACACAGAGUGCUAACAACCUUAUUCGCCUCAUGCUAUUGGAGCUCCUUUCAUCCGGGGUCAGUAAUCAUCCCGACCCUGCAGUCAAACUGCAAUUUCUAGAAACUGUGUCUCGCCGAGACAAAUUAUUUUUGAAGGAGCCAGAACUGAUUCCCCCUGUGCUGGAGGCAUUUCUGGAUCACCGGGGCUUACGCAGCACUGAUAAAAAACUCAGGGCAAGAGCUGCAUGUCUCUUCCAGUUAUUUGUUAAAAGUUUAAGAUCUACAUUAGCAUCAUAUUCAUACCAAGUAAUAGCAAGUUUAAAAGACUUCUUGGAACUGAGCUUACCCCAAAGCAAUGGAACCUGGCUUUGCCAUGAAGAUCAGCUGUAUUUAUAUGGGGCUGUUGGGUUAUUGAUUGUUUCUGGCACAAACUCCCCUGAGGAAAAGGGAGAAACUAUUAGGAAUCUCUUGGUGCCAGUCGUAGCUAGAUAUCAGGAACUUUCUGCUCAAUUAACAACUGAACAAAAUGAAGAGCAAAGAGCAGCUCUGGCCCAUAGCAUGUGCCAUGCUAUGGCUGUUGUCACGGGAGUUAGCAAAGCAUUCAAUAACCUGAAAGACACAAGAGUCUUCGGAUGUUUCCAAUUGUACUAUGAAGUUCUACAGGUCUUCCUAACUUGUUUACAGAGCCCUAAUCAAAAAGAGCUGCUGCAAAGUGGCCUUCGUCAGUUUCUGCAUCGAAUGGUGAUUUGCUUAGAGGGAGAAGUACUGCCUUUUAUACCAUUUGUUCUGCAAGCUGUGCUCCGUGACAAUGAUGCCUUCCUACUCUCUGAAUUUAUGCCUUUGGUUCUUCAAGUCAUAAUGAAGUUCAAGAAGGAUUCUGCAUCGCUUGUACAACAACUUAUGGCCCCAACCCUAGCAACAUUCACAGCUGCUUGGGCAGCUGACACAGAUAAAGACAAUCCAUACGCUCAAGAAGAGAAUCACUAUCUUUUCAGAAGUUUUCUUGGACUUGUGAGUGCAAUAGUCACAAACAACAUUCUAGAAGUUUUAUUAGCCCAAGAGCCUCACACUUUGCAACAAGCUCUUGAUUGGGUUAUUCAAGGAACUUAUCAUGACCCAGACCCCACUGCACAAAAAAGUUGCUACACUAUUUUGAAAAAGAUGGUUGACCAGUGGGGUGGCGUUGGUGAGAAACCAGAUGGCUUCUCUGAAUUUUUAUAUGAGAGAGUUGUACCGGCAUGCUACUUGCCUUUGAAAUCACUUGAUGAAUCUUCCCUUGAGUCUCGUGCUGUUGGCAAAGAAUGCUCUCAACUGAUUGCAUCUAUUUUUAAGAAAAGGGGUGAUGAGUUUUUAUGCCAUCUGCAGAAUACUUUCUUACCUUCUCUUGGUCUUGAACCAAGAAUUUGUGAAGCUCAUAUCAAGACUAUUCGUGAGGGCAAAAACAUAUACCAGAAUUGUGUUGAGGUACUCCGCUGCGCUGAUGAAGCUGUCAUUUCCCGCAGUGGCAUUAGACAUCAUGUGAGCAAAUAGCAUUUGUGGUUUGCUGGCCAGACCACAUUCGAGUACACUCUAUGGCAGAGUUUGCUCGCUGGUGGGAUCCUAGUGCCAGCUGCAAAGUAUCCCAACAUCCCACUAGUUACAGGUGAGCUCUCCAGCACUUGUAUAGGUCAGCAUUAAAUAUUUUUUGUGGCAAAUGCCUUGUGAUGUUAUAUUUUAGAACAAUAUUUUGUCAGUGGUUAUAGUUAGAGUGUCUCUCACUUCGCAAAGAGUGAAUGCAUUGAAAAUGUAAGUGUAGAAAUACUACAGUUUUAUUUUAUAAGUCUGAUGAGCAUGACACCAUAAUGAAGUCCAACAUUCCCUUUACACUUUCUUUUAAGGAAGUGAGCUACCAAAAAGUCAGUUGUAUUUUGUUGCUUUAAAAGCUGUAUCAUGUAUUACUCUAAACUUCUGGAAAGUUUUUGUUCUGUUUUGUUUUAGUUUGAGAACUAAGCCUGAUCUUCAAAAAAUGUAUCCAGUUGGAUUAGUGCCUAAUAUUAUCUGGUGAUUUGGUUCAAAAGUAACUUUUUAUUUGACUUUCAAAAAUUGUUACUCAACAGCCAAACUCUUUCUGUUUGAAUUUUAAGUUACAAGUAAAGGAAAUUUUGCUCAAAGUGUGCUGCUGUAAACUGUUCAAAUUUUCAAUUUGCGCCAAUUUACUUGAAACUGAGAAUUGGUAAUACUAAUUAAAUAAAAGGAUGUGUAUUUGGUGCGUGUCAAUUUCAGGUAAUGUUAUGUGUGAAUGUGGUCCAGUUUCCAUUUCAUGAGGUUGACAUGUAUUGUGCAUGUUCUUUAAACAUGUUUCAAGUUUGUCAGUAUAUGUGUCUGUGUUGCUUCUGUGCAAUAUCUGUGGUAAUCUCACAUGUAGUGUUUUCAUCAGUUUUAUAUGUUUAUCUUGCAUUGACAUUUAUAUAUUGUACAUUGCAUUUGCACAAAAAGAAUGAAGCGUAGUCUGUGAUCAAUAAUUCGCCUGUGAGUAUGUAAUGGUUCUUCUCUAUGUGGAAUUGUCAUGUUACUUGUCAGGCAUUGUGCCUUAUGUGAGAAAUAAAUGUACAACUGCCGGGUUUACCAAUAAUUAUGUCAUUGUUUGUUUCUAAUAUUGUGGAUGCGAGGUGGUAGCUAUUGCACUGAGGUGCUUAAGUGAUGUCUUCCAUUUUGACAUUACUGCAUGUUCUGUGAAAUCUUAGGUUACUGGUUAUUUUGGUUCUCAAUUUUAAGAGCACUUGCUUGGUUUUUCUGAUUUAUCAAAUAUCUAUCUGACUGCGGGGCCAGUUAUCUGUAAAGCUAUGAAUUUUUGAUUCAUAGUGAUCAAAAUUUAAUGUAAGUGUUUGUGCUGACACUAUGUGCAAUACAAAGCAAGUAUCUUUUAAUUGGGAUUUCUAAUCUUUACUGGGAAAGACGUGCAGUAGAAUUGAGUGUGCUAAUAUUCUGUGUCCCAAUUAUUUUUUAUCUGAUGCCAUGACUGGAUGUAGGACGCUUAUGUAUUAAAUGCAAUGCUAACCAAACAUAACAUAUUUAGUUUUGAAACUGUUGAUAUUUGGAUGCUAUUUUUUUGUGUAGUUGUGUGAAAAUUAUAGGUACUGGAAAAAGUGCAAUUGACGCAGGAUGCAUGGGUGCUUCCCCAUAUUUACAACGUUAUGGAUUUGGCUGCCAUUUUUUACAGUUUCUCUUGUAUUUGUUUAUGCAUCACUGAAUUUAUCUGUAUGGCUUUUGUUGUUGUUAAUCUUGUUAUUGACCAUUUUGAUGUUGUGUCAACAUUUCAUUCAUUAAACUCAUAAUAAUGUGAAAUCUAUGAAUCAUACUUGCAGAGUUUACAUCAAACCUUUGACUUGUACUCAUUUGGUUUCACUGCAGUGCUUGAAGCUACUUGAAUUCUUAUAUCCUAUUUUCUUCAUGUGUCAAACAUGUUUUCUUUAACUGCAAUAUCUAUGUAAUUCAUCAGGGCUAUAUUUCAAGAUAGCUUUUCAUGAAAAAAGCACUCUUUUCAUUUCAAUUCAUUGCACUGCAAUUAUGAUUCAUUUUCAACUGUCUGAAAAAAUUUCUUUUCAUCAGAAAUUUGAGUUUUUCAUUUGUCUGUUACAUUGUUUCUUGUUAGUUUCUUUUUUCUGUUUCGCUUCAUUUUAGCACCUUGCAUAAUUUGUAAACAGUAGAGAGUGAAGGAAGGGUGAUUUUAAACACUUAAAGUGUGAAUUUAAACACCAUUUCUACUGCACUAGAGAUGCUAUUUAUGAAAUUAUAUUAAUAUAUUGAACUGAAAAGCAUAAAUAAACAUGAUGAAGUCCUGGAUGACUGAGUCAAAUGAGAUUUUUAUAUUGUACAAUUGUAAUACAAUUGUUGUACAUAGUGUAUAUAUGAACUGGUAUUUAAUUCAAGUGUAAAAUUGUUCGACAUCAGAACAGAUUGCUUUGUGCCCGCGGCGCUAUGCUGUUACUGUAACCAGUCAGUGCCUUCUGCUGUUACUUGAGGCAGUUUCAUAUGACCAAUAUGUAUUUAAUAAUUCAAAGAACUAAAUAUCUUAAAUUCAUUGAUUGCUGUAUGAAUAUUUCAGAAUCAUUUUUUUAUCUAUGUUUGUAUAUGCAUAUCUAGUCUUCUGACGUACUCUGAACUGAUGUAGGGUGUUUACAAUAAAAUGCAGCUUGCAGAAUGA